AUGUCGUCCAAGUACGUCUUCACCAAGGGUCUGAAGGAGCUGCGCUUCCUUUUCUGCCAGACCUCUCAGGCUAGCUCUGCCACUCGCUCGUUCUUGCAGCGCGCAUAUCCGACCAUGAAGAAGCACAACCCUCACACCCCCAUCCUGAUGCGCGAGGCAGCUGGUACUGUGCCUAGGGUGUACGCCAGAUAUGCUUUCGGCCAAGAGAAGCAGGAAGCUCUGACCGGCUUGACGGAUCAGCAGAUCGAAGAGAAGAUCACUCAGUUGGUGAAGGCGUCUUCAUAG